CAUUCAAUCUCCCAUACACACAGACCCACUGCGAGACAGACACACACUCACACACACUCACACACACAACUGCACGCAGCGAGGCUCGGGAAGUCAGGUCGCCUCCUCGCCUCGGCGCCUCCUCCGCUCCGGCCAGCCGGGUCUUCUCCAGGGACCGGAGCUCGGCGGGGCCGCGCAGCCCCAAAAGAGGACGAGCUCGGCGGACCCCGGUUCCUCCAUGGGCAAACGCGGGCGGCCGCGCAAGGAAGCGCGCUGUGAGGGCGCGGGGCUGGCCCCCGCCGCGCCCCCGGCGGUGGCCGCGCCCCAGCCCCCGGCCCAGCCCGAGGAGCCCGCGGGGGCCAAGCUCAGGUGCCCCUUCUCGGACAUUUUCAACACCAGCGAGAACUCGAUGGAGAAGCACAUCAACACUUUUCUGCAGAACGUGCAGAUUCUGCUCGAGGCCGCCAGCUACCUGGAGCAGAUCGAGAAAGAAAACAAAAAGUGUGAACAUGGCUAUGCCUCAACGUUCCCCUCCAUGCCGAGCCCGCGGCUGCAGCAUUCAAAGCCCCCAAGGAGAUUGACCCGGGCACAGAAACACAGCAACGGGAGCAGCAACACCAGCACUGCCAACAGGUCUACACACAAUGAGCUGGAAAAGAACCGACGAGCUCAUCUGCGCCUGUGUUUAGAACGCUUAAAAGUUCUGAUUCCACUAGGACCAGACUGUACCAGGCACACAACACUUGGUUUGCUCAACAAAGCCAAAGCACACAUCAAGAAACUUGAAGAAGCUGAAAGGAAGAGCCAGCACCAGCUAGAGAACUUGGAACGAGAACAGAGAUUUUUAAAGCGGCGACUGGAACAGCUGCAGGGUCCUCAGGAGAUGGAACGAAUACGAAUGGACAGCAUUGGAUCAACUAUUUCUUCAGAUCGUUCUGAUUCAGAGCGAGAGGAGAUUGAAGUGGAUGUUGAAAGCACAGAGUUCUCCCAUGGAGAAGUGGACAAUAUCAGUACCACCAGCAUCAGUGACAUUGAUGACCACAGCAGCCUGCAGAGUAUUGGGAGUGACGAGGGUUACUCCAGUGCCAGUGUCAAACUUUCAUUCACUUCCUAGAACCCAGCAUGACAUAACAGUGCAGGGCAAAAUAUUCACUGGGCCAAUUCAAUCCAAACAAUCUCUUAAAUUGGGUUCAUGAUGCAGUCUCCUCUUUAAAACUUAACAAAACUAUACUUGAACAAAAGGGUCAAAAGACCUCUAUUUAAGCAAAUACUUAGCAAAAAGUGGGGCAGAGCCUCCCCAGCAGAACAAAUACUCAUUCGUAUUUGAAAAUCACAGCUUCUAAUGGCAGCAGAAAACUUCUGUGAAAUUUUCUUGAUUUAGUUUAUUUGAAAGAGGACAUUGGAGAUUCUGUCCUCUAUCUUCUCUAGUUUGCUCAUACUACAAUGAGUAGACACAUUUAAGGAUGGGGUUAUGAACCCUUCCCGAGUUUUAAUGGUCCUAAAAAACAAAAUCAAACCUAUAGUAAUGAGAAGACAAGAUAAUCAGGCAUUAAUCUUGGAUAGCUAAAGAGCUAUUAAAACUCAGCCUGGGACAGCUUAUCAUGAAGCCUGUGGAUGAUCAAUUCUUGAAAAAACAAACAAAAAAACAAAAAAAAAAGCAAGCUCAUUUCAUGCUCUGCAAAAGGAGAGACUCCCAUGAAGCCUUUUGAAAGGGAUCAUCAUGCAGCUCAGCUUUCUGUUGGAUUCCAUGCUAAGCAAGCUAACCUUAUCCUGCAUUGUUAGCAGUAGGGCACCCAACCGCCAGCUCAACAGUCAGCCGCCCUUAGGCCCUUGGGCAGCAUGGGGGCAGUCUGUGUAUGACAGCCUCUACCACACAGGGCCUAUAAUUCGGAUUGAGGGGCCAGAAGGAAAAAGCUCUCCAUGCCUCUGUGUCUGCGUAGGCCAGAAGAGUUGUGCAACGCAGAUUAGCAGGUCAAGGUCUGAGCCACGGCAGCAUUUUUAUUUCAGAUUUUGAUAACUGUUUGUAUGUGUUGAAAACCAAAAUGACAUCUUUUUAAAGCUUGUCCAUAAAAAACAUAGAUGUCUUUUAUAGUGGAAAAACACAUGGGAAAAAAAUCAUCUAUUUUGAUGCAGCAUUUGAUAAUGAUAAAACACCUCACACCUCACUCUUUAUAGUGCACAAAACGAAUGAGGUCUGGGCUAGGUAGAAAAAGGUCAAUGCUGUUUUUGUUUUCUUUUAGAAUCAUUACCUUUACCAGCUUUUAACCAUCUGAUAUCUAUAGUAGACACAUUAUAAUACUUAACAUAGUUAAGUUUGGCACUUGUCUCAUUUUAUUGUAAAGGUUUGCUUCCAUUUUCUUACAGGCAGUCUCUCUCCUUCCUCACAGUCCCACUGUGCAGGUGCUAUUGUUGCUCUUCUCAAUAUUUUCAGAAAUGUUUUCUUUUAAGUGAAAUUUCUUUUCUAACCUGCACUUUGAUGUCAUGUGUUCCCUCUGUCUUUCAAAAUCCAAGGUUCCCCUGGCCCUCUCCUUUACCCCAGGAAGCCUUCUUGGACACCUUAUCCCUGGCUCUUUGGACUUUGUAUACUUUAAAUAAUUUAACUACCCUUAAUUACUUAAAAAAAAAAAAGCUUUAUGAUUUUCAUAACUUAUUGCUGAUUUUAAUGGGUUGUUAAUUUCAGUCCUGUAGUUUUAUUUUGUUUAGAUAGGGCUGGGCAAGGAAAAAGAAAAUAAAGACAACCAUAUUUAGCAGUGCAGUUGAGUUGUGUGUGUAAUGUUAGACUAUCCUUUGUAAGUAGCACUUUAACAGCUUUCACUGCUUCUCUGUAUGAAGUGUACCAUCUUGGCCAUACACAGGGCCUCAGCAUAUACUUACUUGUUUUUUGUGCUUUUCCUGUGCCUCCCAAAAUAUUUUAUCCUUGAUUGUGCUAUGUUUGAGUGGAAGAAAUUCUUUGAAGUAGAUGUGUGAAAAACUGCAUGCCUUUAGAAGCCCAUUAUUAGAACUUGCUAAUAACUUCAGGUGCUGGGGACUUAAUGAAAAACAUGGCAAAUUCAUUUCUCUGGCCCAGGUAAAUUACUUCUGGUUUUACUUAUAAUUACUCCUGGCUGGGUCAAAAUGUUGCUCUAUAUAUUUGCUUUCUUUUGACUUUCCCAAGGGAGACAGUUUAAAGACUCUGCUAACUACCAUGGAAAGAAAAUGGAAGCCAGUGAUUCAGCUUCCAUUUUGUUACUCCCAUGGCAUUCACUUACAUCACUUGCCUAGGGCUGGAAUUUCGGUCUUCAUUCAGGAGAACUUGAGGUGCUGCCAUUUUGUUGUAUAUGUACAAGUUGGUGGGCUGGGAAGCCUUUGUCACGAAUCUAUAAUACCUAUUUCAACUGCCCCCUAAAUUACUCCUUCCCCGGGUUUGUUUUCCUUGCGGGAGGGGAAUGGAUUGUAUGAUGAGUGAAAAGUAUUAAUUUUUUAAAAGACAAAUCGACUUUGAAGAUAUAAAAGUUAAUUGCAAGAAAUAAAAAUUGUGAAUGAAGAA